GACGGAACCUGAUACCACAAACAACCGGAACCAUGAGCUCCCAGAUCCGACAGAACUACCACCAGGACUGCGAGGCCGCCAUCAACCGCCAGAUCAACCUGGAGCUCUAUGCGUCCUAUGUGUACCUGUCCAUGUCCUAUUACUCCGACCGCGAUGAUGUGGCACUGAAAAAUUUCUCCAAGUACUUCCUGCACCAGUCCCACGAAGAGCGAGAGCAUGCAGAGAAACUGAUGAAACUACAAAACCAGCGCGGUGGGCAUAUAUUCCUGCAGGAUGUGCGGAAACCAGACCCUGAUGAAUGGGGAAGUGGUCUAGAAGCUCUAGAGUGUGCCCUUCAAUUGGAGAAGAAUGUUAACCAGUCACUGUUGGAGCUACACAAACUAUCCACAGAUCGCAAUGACCCCCAUCUCUGUGACUUCCUGGAGACUCACUACCUGGAUGAGCAGGUGAAAUCCAUGAAAGAACUGGGAGAUCAUGUGACCAACCUACGCAGACUGGAGGCUCCUACAAAUGGCAUGGCAGAGUACCUCUUUGAUAAACACACACUGGGGGAAAGUAAUGACUGAAGGCGAAUAUCUUGUUCUCUGCAUACUUAACUUUAAAAUGUCUGUAUAAUAUUUGAGAUCACUUACUCCUUCUCCUAUUUUGGCACAAAUAAAUUAUAGACUUGGAUAAUAUUGUCUUUAGAUAAUAAUAGUUCGAAUGUGACACUACAUGGUGUGGGUGACAGGAACAAUCAUGCCAUCCUGGUAGUAGCUCCAUGUGAGAUGUAGGGCAUAUGUCUCUAUAGGCUAGGCAUGUGUAGACACCAACAUAAAGUUUGAGCAUUGAUACAUACACAUGGUAAAGCAGUGGCCCUAUCAAUGAUUGGGUGUAGAACCAGCAGUUUUUAGUAAGCCAUAGCAAAGCUGGAACAGGUGGGUGG